AUAGUUUCCAUCAUGAACUUCAUUCUCUUCAAAAUUUUCUGUUCAAACUUGAUUGAACAUCAUUUCGAAGAUCCUUUGAAAGUUACCAAAGUAGAGAAAAAUGUCCGAUGCAGUUAGUUUAUUUGAAUUGAACACAGGAGCCAAGAUACCUUCAAUUGGGUUAGGCACAUAUGCGGUUAUUCCUAGUACUGUAAUCAGUGCCAUCGAGGUGGGUUACAGGCAUAUCGACUGUGCUGAAGCCUAUUCUAAUCAAGCCGAGAUUGGUUCUGCUCUGAAGAAGCUUUUUGAAAGUGGUGUUGUGAAGCGUGAGGACUUGUGGAUUACCUCCAAACUCUGGAACACAGAUCAUGAUCCAGAAGAUGUACCAAAAGCACUUGAAAGAACUUUACAACAAUUGCAACUUGACUACGUAGAUCUCUAUCUAAUACAUUGGCCAGUGAAGAUGAAAAAGGGAUCAGUAAAACCUGAAAAUGUUGUACAACAUGACAUACCAAGCACAUGGAGAGCAAUGGAAGCUCUCUAUGACUCAGGCAAGGCUAAAGCCAUAGGAGUGAGCAAUUUCUCUUCAAAAAAGCUUCAAGAUUUGUUGGAUAUAGCAAGAGUGCCUCCUGCUGUUAACCAAGUGGAAUGCCACCCACAAUGGCAGCAGCCAAAGUUGCAUGCAUUCUGUGAAUCCAAAGGAAUUCACCUAUCUGGAUUUUCUCCAUUGGGGACACAAGAGUAUCGUAGCAGUGAUGAAGUGCUUAAGAAUCCUGUUCUCAAUAAAGUUGCUGAGAAACUGGGGAAAACACCAGCUCAAGUAGCCCUUCGGUGGGGCAUUCAAACGGGUCAUAGUGUGCUACCAAAGACCUCUAAUGAGUCCAGGCUCAAGGAAAAUUUUGAUAUCUUCAACUGGUCUAUUCCAGAGGACCUGAUGGCUAAGUUUUCCGAAAUUAAACAGGAAAGACUUAUAAAGGGUACUGGGUUAUUUGUUCAUGAAAGCAGUGAGGUCUAUAAGACUGUUGAAGAACUCUGGGACGGUGAAUAAUGUGCUAGAAGAUGUAAAACAUGUGACAAGUCCUAUGCUGAAGGAGUUUCUGUUUAAUAAGUAAAAUACUAAGGACACACUUUAGAGUCAUAUAAUAACAGGUCCACGUUCAAGGACUUUGUAUGUUAUUGUUGUAAUAAUACCUUGACAUUAUCAGAGUUUAUUGGAUUCAGUUAUUAUGGUUCUUGGUGAUGGUGCUGCACUGAUGAACAAAAAAUUAUGAAUGUUAUGUUUCUGAUGCUAAAACAUACUUUUUGCUCA